AUGCAACAAGAAUUAGAAAUACAAUACAAUGGUUGUAACUAUGAUUCCAAUUUAUUCACAAUAGCCAUCGACAUUGGUGGUACACUUGCAAAAGUCAUAUUCUCACCAAUCCAAAGUUAUAAAUUAUAUUUUAAUACAGUUGAAACAGAAUUAAUUGAAAAAUUUAUAAAAUUAUUACAUUCCAUAAUCGAAUCAUAUAAUAACAACAAUUAUUCUACAACUCGUAUAAUCGCUACAGGUGGUGGUGCUUUCAAGUUUUAUGAUUUAUUAAAUUGGGAAUUUAAAAAAAUCCAUUCAAUAAAACAAAAAGAUGAAAUGAAAUGUUUAAUUAAUGGUCUUGAUUUCUUUAUUCAUGAAGUACCUAAUGAAGUAUUUACAUAUAAUACUCAAGAUGGUAUACAAUUAAUUAAGUCAAAAUCAAGAUCUUCUACAUCUUCACAAUCUUCUUCCUCAUUAAAUUCCUCCUCAAACACAAAUAAUGAACAAAUUUAUCCAUACCUUUUAGUUAAUAUCGGUUCAGGUGUAUCCAUUUUAAAAGUAAUUCAACCGUCUGUAUUUGAAAGAGUAGGUGGAUCCUCUUUGGGUGGUGGGACUCUUUGGGGAUUAUUAUCAUUAAUCACAGGUGCCAAAUCAUACGAUGAAAUGUUAAAAUUGGCACAAGAUGGUGAUAAUACAAAUGUAGAUAUGCUUGUCGGAGACAUAUAUGGUACAGACUAUAAUAAAAUUGGAUUAAAAUCUUCAAAUAUUGCAAGUUCAUUCGGUAAAGUAUUUCAAGAUAGAUCUAUAUCCUCGAAUAAUUCAUCAACAAAAAAAGUCUCUCAACAAAUAAUAGAUCAUAACAAUGAUGCACUUAUAGAAAAUAACAACAGUAACAACGGAAAAAGUACAAGCUUGACAACUAAUACCACAGAUAUCAUAAAAAGAAAUUUAAAUAAAAGUUUCCAAAAUUCUGAUAUUUGUAAAAGUUUAUUAUAUGCAAUUUCAAAUAAUAUUGGUCAAAUUGCUUAUUUACAAGCCAAGAUACAUAACGUACAAAAUAUUUAUUUUGGUGGAUCAUAUAUUAGAGGUCAUUUAACAACAAUGAAUACUUUAAGUUAUGCAAUAAAUUUUUGGUCUCAAUCUUCAAAGCAAGCUUUUUUCUUAAAACAUGAAGGUUAUCUUGGUGCAAUGGGUGCCUUCUUAGAUCCUACUCCUAUAUGA